AUGGCGGACAACGACAACCUGCGUACGGCGUCGCUGUACAUCAACAACCAAUUGCUCUCGCGAGGACUCCUCCGCGAUGGCCAGACACUUAACUUUGCCGACCCGGAAGACAACCCGGGCGGCACGGAGGCUACUAUGGGCAAGAUCAUGAGCAUCGUCAAUGACUUGAUCUUGCGCAGAGACCGCGAUGCCGAGCACCGCGAAAACCUCUCCACUACGCUACGCAACGUGCGCGCCGAAAACCUACGGUACACAAACGACAUCUCGCGCCUCUCGGAGAAGCACACCGAGGCCCAGCGGAAACUCGACAUCAGCGAGGCCACCGAGAACACACUGCGCACCCAGCUCAAGUCGGCUGACGCCGCCGUCCGCGGACUCAAGGAUGAGGUGGCCCGCGCCAAGACACUCGUUGCCCAGACGCGCGCCUCCUGCGCGACGGAGGUCCGGCGCCGCGACCGUCAGAUCGAUGGGCUGAAAAAGCAACUCGGUGACGCCGGCCGUCCCCGCGGCGCGGCAAAGAGCUCUGCGGUCACCGUUAUCAACGUCGUCGCUGGCGAGGGCGAGGAGAAGGUGUCGCCCCGGCGCGUGGGCAAGGCUGGCGCGAGCACUGACGAUUCCAAUUACGACCUUCGCGGCGAGACGAACGAGUUCCUGACGGAUCUUGCGAGGAACCUGAGCGAAGAGAACGAAACGCUUCUGGCCCUGGUAAGACGGACGACGAAACGCCUGCGCGAGAUGAGCGGCUGCGAUGUCCGGACAAGUCAGGGUGAUGGACAUGCCGUCGCGCUGCCCACUGCCGAGGACAUGGCUGCCGAGCUGGACGCCAUCCUUGAACAUCUGCGCUCCAUCCUGACGAACCCCUCGUUCGCCCCUAUCGAGGAGGUCGAGGUCCGUGAGGAGGAGAUUGCUCGCCUGCGUGCUGGCUGGGUCAAGAUGGAGAACCGCUGGCAGGAGGCCGUCCAUCUCAUCGAUGGCUGGCGCCGGCGCAUGGUUACUGACGGCAAGUCGGUCAACAUGGAGGAGCUCAAGAUGGGUCUUCGUCUGAGUCCCGUGCGCGUUCGUGACGUUGAGGAGACGCAGCAGGGCGGAAUGGACAUCCAAGAGCUGUCUUGCGUCCAAGAAGAAUGCACUGCGGACCUCGAAGAAGAAGAAGAUGAGGCUAUGCCCGACUCGCCUUGCCCUGCGCCGCACAGAGUCGAGUCUCUGCAUCUUGUCCCUGCUCCUGACCAACAUUACGCGGCUCCUGACGAAGAAGAAUACAAUGACGAGGACCAGCAGAGUGAUGAUGCAUCGAGCAUUUUCGAGGACUUCGACGUCGAAGACCUCGACGUCGAGGAACCCAAUGUUCAGAUCCUUCAACAGUCUGCUGCGUUCCUGAGCUCUCCUCCUCUACCGCCUCCCCCUCAGCUGAGUCCGCUCCGCGAAAUGGCAUCUGCCGGCAACCGCGAUGCACGGCCGAGACGCGAGAAGCAGGGAGACUACCGCCCGAUGGCGGAGGAGAGGCAUCGUACCAUCCGCGCAGUUGAGGUCGCCCCCAAGCCACCACCACAUCUCGUCCAGCUCCCAAGGUCCCCACAGAAGCCUUCGUACCCGGUUGAUGACUGCUCCCGUACCACUUCGGCAGCCUCGAUUGAGUCCAACUCAACCCACAACGGGGCGCCCCUCAUCACACCAUCUGGGACCCCUCCUCCUCCUGAAGUGAACCAAACACCUACAGCUCGCAAGCUCCCGAAGCCGCCACGCCUAGUGGCAGCAGCUCCUGCGGCACCGUCACCAGCUGUAUCUGCACCAAGGGAGAUUCCAUCUCCAGCCAAGACUACUCGUACAGUCUCCCAGGAAAGCCAGGAGAGUCAAACCAGCCAGGAGAGCUGCGAUGUCCCGCCUUCUGCUCCUGCCAUGCAACCCAAUGGCAGCAAAGCCGCCUCGCCACACCGCACUCCUCUACGUCGCGUUCCCUCCCGUCUCCCUCUUCCUCGCCCGUCAGACCCGCCACCACAGCAGAGCCCCCUGACGAUGGCCACUAUUGCGGCUAAGCUCGCCGCCUCGGAACGCGAAGCCGAUGCUGCACGUGUCCGCGCCAAGCUCAAGGCCGCUCGUGGAGGUGCCGUUGGCAAGCCCAUACCCGCACCCCAGCAGCAGCAGCAGCCUAUGCCCGCUCCCCCUCCGCCAGAGACCAUUGUGGCCGUACCAUCCGAGCCGCAGCAGCCAAACGGCUCACCCGCAAGGGCAACAUCAGACCAAGACCUCGACCCCAUCAAGCGCGAUCUUCCGCAAGACGAGGAGCAGGAGCAACCACAACCCCAUCUUACAAAGCGCAAGCGCGACAGACGCGUGAGCAAAGUCGCAUCGCGGAGGCGGAGCACGCUCAGCCCGUGGGAGAUGGAGAGUCUCAUCUCGGGCAACGUAGCUGUCCCCCCCUCGCCAUCUCGGUGA